AUGUUUGGAGCGUUCCGUCCCACGAACGCCCUCAUGGGUGGUCUGCUAUGGAAAAUCCCAUGGCGUCUCUCCCGCUUUCAAAAGUAUCGCCAACGUCAGCGUCUCCGUCGUGUCGACCGAGUAGUCGAAACAAUCUCCAAUGCCUUGGCGCAACAGGGAAUGGUUUCCAAGGCCGUCGAAACCUGGAAGGCCGAAAUGCCUACUGAAGCCGAGAUGUUGCCACGGGACAAGUACACCAUCUUUGAUAAGAAGCACAAGGGAUAUCGGAAAGGAAUCCACAAGCUACCCAAAUGGACUCGAGUUUCGCAACGGAUCAACCCUAUUGGUUUCUAG